GCAAGUUUUGUUUCUCUCUCUCUCUCCAAUAUUAGGGUUUCCUCUUUGAGGGCACACUCCUUCCUAACAAAUCUGUGAAGCUAAAGCUACCUUUUUUCUUGAAAGAGCUUCUUCAAAGAAAAGGUACUACUUUUCUUUUAAGUACGUCUGAUCAAGCAAAACCUAGAUCAUCAGAACAGUGCAGGAAAGAAAUGGCAUCAUCAUCAAGCAGCAGCUACAACUCACCCUGUGCAGCCUGCAAGUUCUUGAGGAGAAAAUGCAUGCCAGGUUGCAUAUUUGCACCAUACUUCCCUCCAGAGGAGCCUCAAAAAUUUGCUAAUGUCCACAAAAUCUUCGGAGCAAGCAAUGUCACCAAACUCCUCAACGAGCUCCUCCCUCACCAGAGAGAGGAUGCAGUGAAUUCACUAGCUUAUGAAGCGGAGGCUCGAGUCCGCGACCCUGUCUACGGCUGUGUUGGUGCCAUUUCAUUCCUCCAAAGACAAGUGCAACGCCUCCAGAAGGAACUUGAUGAUGCCAACACCGAUCUCAUCCGCUAUGCUUGCAAUUCAUUGCCACCACAACCAAGUAAUUCAAUGGUGAGGCCAAGGGUUAGUAAUGUUGGAGCAAGUUUUUAUAAUAACAACCCUCCUCCUCCAGCUGCUGGUGGUUUGCCUCCUCCUAAUUAUAAUUAUACUAGUCUUCCCAAUUGGAAUGCUCAUAACACAACCUCAGGGGAAGGAGGAGGCCAUCAUCAUGGAAUAUAUGAUGAUUUAAGAGAUUUGUGAUGAAACCCAUUUAGGGUUUCUCUAAUAUAUAUUAAUUGGUCUAUAUAUAUAUGUGUGUAUGUGUGCUGUAGAUAUAGCUAGCCUUCACAUGGAGUCUUGAGCUAGCUGAACACCCAAGUUAUAUAGUAAUUUGAUUAUUUGUUGGGGUUAAAUAAACGUCUUUCUAAGAACAAUUGAGUAGUUAAGUUGGCAUGGGAUUGCAGUGGGAGUUAAUUAAUCA